AGUAAAAUCUGUUGAAAUUGCGACAAUCGUAAUCUGCUUUUCAUACAUAUAAUAUCUCUAUGGUGAAAAUGACAACUUUCAUUUAGUUUCUCUCAAAAAGGAAAAAACUUCCAAUGUGAAAAAAUGCAUGAGAUAGAACAGAAGUUAUUCAGUUUACGUAAAUUCAGAAAAGAUGAUGAUACCGAACCAACACCAUACCAUUUUCGCGAUGGUACUCGUAGGAUACAUUACGUUUUAGUACUUCAAGAUACUGCUAUUUACAAAAAAGAAGUACUAGGAAAGGUCUUGGAUUAUCUGAGUUAUUUAGAAUUGCAAGGACUUGAGUUUGAAUUCGAGAUUGGUGUUAUGGAUUCGAGUUUGGUAUAUUUGAAAAUGCAUGCGACAGAUGAAGUCAUAAAACAUCUAGCCAAUUUAUAUGAUGUUGAUAUAGAUAAUGCGGGACAUAACUUCAUUCCCCAUAACUUUUUCAGAUGUCGUUUCCGUAAAACAGAGUUGACUAAAGAAAAUGGAGAUGUUUUCAAGCGGAAAGGACAGCCAACAAGUUGUGAAAAAAUUGUGCUGCUCAAUAAGCUACUGUCAGAUCCGCUCACAAUUGAUGAUAGAGAAGUGUAUGGUUUGGACAAAAUGACUAAGCUCGGCUAUAUUAAAGAUUCAUUUCCUCUACAUGAUGGUCCUUGGCAAUGGACAGAUGUGAAGCAAGAGAACUUGAAUGACCGUCAGCUUCUAACAAAAUAUUGGGCCAAUUAUUCUAUGUGGUACAAAGAGCAACCCAUAAAUUUGGUAGCGAAAUAUUUUGGUACAGAUAUGGCAUUUUAUUUUGCUUGGUUCGAACACUACAAUCAUCUGCUAAUUGUGGUAGCCAUUGUUGGAAUAAUUGUAUUAUGCGUCAAUGGAAUCCUUCUAUUAGUAUAUCCAUCAACAUUUCUAGAAGAUUUGUGUUCGUCUGAAGAAUACCUAUGUCCCAUGUGCGAUACAGACAUGUGCCGAUUAUUACGUAUAUCCAAGUAUUGUAGUACGACGAAAGCUGAAUUCGUUAUCGGCAACUACAAUAAUGUGAUUUAUGCUGUUAUUAUUUCCAUUUGGGUUACAGUAUUCCUUGAAAGCUGGAGGAGAAAAGAAUGCACUCUAAGUGUCAGAUGGAAUGUUCAUCAUGCAGAUGUUGAAUAUAAGAUAAGGUAUGAUUACAAAGAUAAAAGUACCUAUAGGAAGAAGUCCAAUAUAACAGGGGAGGUUGAACCCUACGUCCCUCAUGGUAUCAAAAUAUUACGAUACAGUUUCACAUAUUUCAUCGUCUUUUUGAUGGUUUUACUAGUUUCGUCGUAUGUCUUUCUCCUCGUUCUUCUGAAGAAUUGGCUUAUGUCCCUCAUGAAUCCGGAACACGAACCUAUGUCUACCUUCUGGACCACUGUAAUUUACUCAAUUUUUCAAGUCAUUUUCAUCAAAGUCUUCUCAUUGUUCUACAUAAAACUUUCAGUUUGGUUAACAGAUAUGGAAGUCCCUAAAACUCAAAAGCAGUACAAUGAUAGCGUAAUUAGUAAAAUAUAUCUUUUUGGAUUCAUCAAUAACUAUAUUCCCAUUUUGUACACAGCAUUUCUGAGGGGGCAACUCAACGCUUCUCCUGACUCUAUUUUCCUAGCAGCGAUAUUUGAAAAGGAUUAUUGUUUUCCAACUGGUUGCAUAUUGAUUCUAGCUAUCCAGCUAUGUGUCGUGAUGUCAUUAAAAAGUAUAGGAGGAAAUAUUUUUGGAGCAAUAUCGAGAUGUAUAAAAGAUAUGCUUUUUUCGGCUUCACAAACAAAAACUGUAACUGAGACAAAAAUGUAUGUGCCAUCCUGGGAAAAAGAAUAUUAUUUGGAGAAAACUAACGAACAAUCUUGGGCAUGCGAAUUUUCAGAGAUGAUCUUACAAUUUGGAUAUGUGUCCUUCUUCAUGGCUGCUUUUCCCCUUGUUGGCGUUAUAGCUAUCUUCAAUAACUUUAUGGAGUUUAGAUCAGAUGCUAUAAAAUUGGUGAGAGGAUAUCGAAGACCAGCGCCGAAUAUGAUCAAUGGAAUUGGCGCUUGGAACGAUAUAAUUAAAUUUGCAUCUUACUUCAGCAUCGUCUGUAAUGCUUUUCUUGUCGCUUUCAAUACAAGUUUCAUUCAAGGCGUAGUUUACAACGCUGUUUAUCACAGAGGGACAGAAGGUUUCUUCAAUUUUACUUUUUCACGCUUUGCAAUCGAGGAUUUGCCCAAGAAACAACAGAUUGCAACUGGAAAAGAGAAUAUCACAGAAUGCCUUUAUCAUGGUUACAGGUAUCCUUCCGAACAUCCAAAAAAAUAUGAAAGAACGGACGACCACUAUUUGGUGCUAAUAUGGAAAUUCACAUUCGUUAUGAUUUUUGAGAAUGUUAUUUUAAUGAUCAUUGGUGGAAUUUACUAUUUUGUGGACGAGAUGCCCAGGAGGGUUAAAGAACAACUACAUAGGGAGAGACUUUUUACAAAAGAAGUGAAAAUGAAAUUACUUCAAGGAAAAGUACAAAGUAGAGUUUUGAAAUCUUCAAGUACUCUAAAACAAAAAUAAUACAACAUAUCUUAAGAUUCCCCUUUUCUUCCAUCUAGUUAUUUCAGAAAUAACAAUACAAUGAAGCAGCAGCAUGAACAAAUAAAGAAUUUAUUGAAAAAUAACCUCACUAUUUCAUACAAAAAGUGAAUGAAAUCCCUAGCCCGAGUAUAAAUCUGGGCCAUAACAAGUAGGCUGUGUAUAAUAAUGUAACAUGUAGGA